GUCUACAGCACUCUGCCUGUCGUAUAACUACAUCUACUGGGGGCAUGGCAACUAUAGACUCUGGAACUCAAAACCCACCCGAAUCCCCUCUUACAUCAUCCAAAAAUGCCUCUGUCGACGCUCUUGCGGAUUCCCUAGAAAAAUCCACUUUGGAACAGCACGCAGAUCCGGUGGAAGACACAGCUGACAAGCCUGAAGGAACGCCACUGCGAAGGUUAUACGUCUACACUCGGUCUCAACUCUUGUCCUUGUCGAAAUCACCGCUCGUGAAAACGCCGGAUGACCUGCCCCCCUUCAAGGACUGGUUUGGAGACUGGCAUGAACAACAAACUUCAACUAAGAAGGAGGCGGAUUCUUCUGGAACGGCAAGCAACCAGAGGGACAGACGAUUCAGACGGGAUCCCGAGGAUACUGAUGCUCCGCCAAGACCUUCUUUCCGCUCGACGUUAUCGCAACCGUCUCAAAUGGGCAAUUUUAGGCAUCAAUCCAUUCGCACCACAGAUCGUGAAAGAGACCGCGAUACCGACAGAGACAGAGAUAGAGACAAGGAAGGACAGGAGAGAUUGCGAAAUCUCUCUGAUAAGUACGACCGUGACCGUCUCGCAUUGGCAGGAUCUACCUUGCGGACCAAGGACAGGGAUUCCGCUCCUCAUCUCUCAUCCAGCUCUGCCUUGCGAUUAGGUCAAAAUCAAAGUACGGCUGCAACCAGGAGAACUGAAGGCAGAGACGCAUCGAAGCGGAAGAUUAGCGAGAAUGGUGAUGAUUGGCGAAGAGGUGAUCCUUCCAGAGCAGGUCGCGAUGAUCGUACUGACAAUGGUCGUCGAGACCGCGACAACCGUGAAAGGGCACGGUCCAAAUCUCGGUCGCGACGCGACGUAUCGUCUACCAGACGUGAUCGUGACCGAGAUGACAGGGACAGGGACAGGGACAGAGACAUCGUUCGAGACCGUCGGGGUGACGAUCGAGAUGACCGUCGUCGAGGUGAGAAGGACGAUUUCGGACGUCGGGACCGUGAUGACUACUUCCGUCGCGACUGGGAUGACCAUUAUGUUCCCGAUCGAGAUGAAACCUAUCGUGACGGUCGAGAUAGGCAUGAGUCCAGCCGUCCUCUCGACAAGGAACGGGAUACAGACGACGACCCCAGGCGAUGGCGAGACGAUGGGAAGCGUGACGAGAGAAUUGGUGCUCGACGAGACCGUGGAGAGGGGCAACGAGGAUGGGAUCGAUGGGAGCCAUCUCAAGAUCGAGUUGAGGACCGCGAUGGACGUGCAAGGCGCAAUGGUGGGCGUGACAGAAGACCAGGAGAUGAUGGAAGGGAGAGAGAAGACCGUCGGGACAAGGAAAAAGAGAAAGAGCCAGCCUGGAUGGAGACGUAUGUUCCAACUACUCCCGGCGGUGGUAUCCUUGGCGGACAAGGAGCUGAUGGCGAAUUGGAUGGUAUCCAAGCUUGGAAGAAAGGGAUGAAGGAAAAAGAACGUAAAGAAAAAGAGACAGCGCUCGAGACAGCCAACAAAUCCGAUACCAAGACGCCAGAACUCUCUUCCAAUGUGUCUUCUCCCCCAGCUUCCGCACCUGAAAGUCAGCUCGACGAGAUUCAAUUGUUUAGGUUGAUGAUGAAGAGGGCAGCAGACACAAAGGACGCUGGGCAAGCCCGCAGUGGAGAGACCGGGUCACCUUUAGAGUCAACACCUCGCCUGCAGCAAGGUGGCUCACCACAUCAUGCUGGCCUAGGAGCUACUUCAACCGCGACAGGGACACUUACUCAACCUCCUAGGCAAUCGCCUCUCCCGCCACCGCCUGAUGUUCAACUUGCAAAGCCUCCAACUGCAUCUGACGCACCACGUUCCCUUCUACCUCUCAUAUCACCCUCUGAUACCGCGAGCGGACAGAAGACUGCUUUACUCGGAAGUGAAAGCAAGGGUGAUAUGCCGCCACCUGCCGUGUCUCGUCUGUUUGCAAACCCUACGUCGUCUGUAGCUCAAUCUACUGACACGCAAGCGCCUUCUGCGAAUACCUCCUCAACGUUGUUCAAUCCUCCCGCUGGGUCCCGUUUAUUAGCUUUCGCCGCCCGCGCAUCGUCAGUGGCUUCUCCCUCGAAUGCCCAAUUCACCAAGAAUCCAGUUGGUCUCGAAUCCGCUUUCAAUCCGUCUGGGCCCAUGGCUGCUGGUCUAUCGAACGUUCAGAAACUGCCUGGUGCUGGCCUACCAGUAGGGCACAUCGGUUUAACGUCAAACGCAGAUCUUCUAAUGAACUCAAUUAAUGACUCCCAGUUUACAUCGAACCCAAGAGCCACGCCCUCUGAUGCCGGACGCUCGACACGAAGCUUCUCACCUUUCGGCCAACCUUCAAACGCUUAUGCUUAUGAAGAGAUCCAGGAGCUCUCCAGACUUGGACAAGGAUCAGAGCAUGUGCGACGCACAUCAGUGGUUUCGUCUGUUGAGCGGCCCUAUGCUCUUGGAUCCGAAAGCGGGUCGCCCUACUCUGACCUGAAUAGUCCAGCUUCCAAUUUCCCGACCAAUGGGCCGCCUUAUGACCUUGGUGGUCUGGCUGGUGCGACCUAUGCUGCCGGGAAGGGGAGUCGCUUUGCGAAAUUCUUUGAUGGAAAGUCGAGGGAUCAGCCACAGGGUAUACCUCCAUCUCGAAAGGGACCAACUCCUGGAUUUGGACCGUCAAUAUCGCCACUGCCUGGCCAACGUCAAGAUCCUCUAGUCUCCAACGGGUUGUUGGCGAACAACGGUGAGAACAGGACCAUGGAAGACAUCUUUGCAAUGCUGCAAAGCUCAGCGCAGGGACAUCGUGCAUCUCCUCAGAUUCAACAGCAGGGCAGAAUGGCUCCUGGUGGCGGGCAAUAUGGACAGAACAUUGUUGAUAUUCAUACCCUCCAGCUGCAACAGCUUCAGCAGCAGCAACAGUUCAACCAACGCCUCGAUUCUUUGUAUGACAGCCGGCUGGACGAUCGGAAUUUUGUUCCCGACGGCAUGGUGCCUGGACUGAGACCAGCUCCUCGUCCACGUAGCAGGGAGCCUUCAGGCGCUCUCUAUAACGACCCGCUGGAAGAAUCGUUGCAUUUCAAUCCUCAGCGUAUUCCCCAGCAACACCGGAAUGUGGAACAGAUGUAUCCCGGACCCGCGUAUGGAAUGGGUCGAAAUGCAGGCAUCCAGGUACAGCAACAGCAAUUCCGCGGGAAUCCUUCUCCAAGCCAGAAUCCAAUCCCUGGUUCAUCUCAGCGCUUGCCUCCGGGGUUGGCCAACCUUGGCGGCCGUCCUCCCCACGACCCAAACCAGUAUAUCAACGCACCCAUGGGUAUCCCUGGUGGUGGUAUUCCUGGAGGUCUGCCCCCUAAUCCUCCCGCGCAGAACUUCAACAACUUCAACGGAGGCGGACCUGGAUUUGGCGGCAACGUGCCCGGUCGAGGACCAAUGCCCGGUCCUCAUCAUCAAAACCAAAUUCCGCUUAACCAGCUUAACCAGUUGGCGGGUCUUGGUCCCGGAAACGGUGUCGACCUUCGCGGAGUCAGCCAGGCUCAAUUGCUGGGCAUGGGUGGUGCAGGUCUCGGAGGAGGUGCUGGUUUGGGUGGUGGCAUUCGUGGAGGAGGUGGGUUCAAUCCUCAACAUGGACCCGGCUCGCAGAUGCCUCCUAUGGGUAUGAGGCAGCCGCCGCAACAACAGCAGCACCUUCCACCGCAUAUGAUGCAGCAGAUGCUUCCUCCCCAUUUGCAGCAGCAACAUGGUCUGGGAGGAGGUAAUGCACAGGGAGCUCAAGACUUGAUGGCGCUCUUGAUGGGUGGUCAUCGCGACUAAAGAAAUUGUUUUACAGGGACUCGUAUAAAUACCGCAUCUUUUCGCCUUUCAUUUCAAGUUUAUCAUGUUCAAUAUUCUAAUUCCUUUUUUCUUGACGCGUUGAUACUGGCCUUUUUCCAUUUUCGCUCGCAUACAUCUGAAUCCGCUCGACGGUACCAUUUCUUUGGCUCUUCUGAAGCAUGCAGCAUUCUUCAUUCAUGUAUUCUAAGACACCCAUAUACGAUCUCGUUCCAUAAUUUCGCUGUGAUGUCCAUGCGCCGUUCCUUGACGAAGUUGUUGCACUUUGCUUGUCCACCGUUCUUACUUAGUUUGGCCAUCAGUCGAUCGAUCGGGUAUGUUCGGGGUCCCGGCGUUGUUUGGGAACGAGCCAUUUCGAAGUUUGGAGGUGUCUCAACAACCUCAUCGACGUCCGUAGCUGGUUGCUGGACUCCGGCACUGAUUCAGGUGCCAACUGAUCAUACCUUUUUCGCCUGGCUGAAUGACCGCAUCUCCGUUCUUUGCUCUUGAAGCUGUAUACACGGCAUACACAAUUGAGCUACUUAAAUAUCCGCACGGCUGUCUUCUAUAACUUCCGACUUCGCGUGCACAUGCUCGCCAGUGAUCCCAUCC